AUGACUCCACAGCCUGUUUACGAAGAAUUGAAAGAGUUCACAGUUCUGGGAGAAGUUGCGGAAUUCAAAGGGGCCAUAAUCGUCAUACUCUGGUGGAUGUGGUGGUGGCUUUGUGAUUUAGCUUGGGUAAUUCAUUCGGUCCACAAAAAUAUGCAAUACUUUGAGAAAUAUAUUAUUGGUGCAACCAAAAAACACAAGUACCUAUUCUUUACUUUUAGUCAAGGGCCUUGUAAGGCUCUGAAUGAAUAA